AUGUCUAUUUCGCGUCCUCCACCACCAAUAUUCGACGAUAUAUCUUUUUCAAUUGGUAAUACACCAAUAGUUCGAAUAAAAUCGUUACCUACACUCGUUUCUUCAAUUGAAUUAUCAAACAUUGAAUUAUUGGCCAAAUUGGAAUAUUUGAAUUCAUUAUCUGGAAGUAUUAAAGAUAGAGUUGCGAAACGAGUAUUAGAAGAUGUUGAAAAAAAAAAGGAAUUAAACUCUAAAACAACUUUAAUAAUCCCUACAAGUGGCAAUUUAGCUCAUAAAAAAGGAUAUAAAACAUUAGUUCUUGUACCUGAACGUACAUCAAUAGAUCGAAUCCAUAUUUUAAAGGCAUUAGGAGUCGAAAUUAUAAGAACACAAAAUGAAGCUCAUUAUGAUGCUCCGGAAAGCAAUUUUAGCUUGGCUAAAAAAUUAUCAAAUGAAAUUGCAAAUUCAAUUGUAAUUGACGAGUUCAAUAGCCAAAGUAAUUUUAAAGUACAUCAUGAAGAAACUGCAGAAGAAAUUUAUACACAAAUUGAAGGAAAAUUAGAUGUGCUUGUAGUUGGCGUAGAAUCUGGAGCUACAAUUACUGGGCUUGCAAAGAACCUCAAAUCUCGAAUAUCCGGAUUGAAGGUAGUUGCCGUUGAGCCACAACAUUCAAGAAUACAAGAUAACAAGCCUAUCAAUCCAUCAUCCGUAAAAGAUAGAAAGGUUGAAGAUAUCGGAAACAAUUUUACACCACCCAUUUUGGACAUGUCCUUGAUUGAUUCAUGGAUGAGAGUUAACGAUCAAGAAUCCUUUGCUAUGUCCAGAAAAUUAAUUAAUGACGGAUUAUUAGCAGGACCAUCUUCUGGGUCUGUCGUGAGUGCUGCAUUAUCAUAUAUCAAACAACGGUCUACAGCGCAAGAAAAUUCGACACGUAUACUUUGCAUAUUAAAUGAUACUGCUCGAAAUUAUAGUACUACUUUAUUAUCAGAUGAGUGGCUUCUAGAGAAUGACUUGAUGGAUGACGAGAUGAUUCGAAAACUCGAAUACCAAAGAAGUGAAAAAUACAGAGCUGCGAGCGUGGAAGAUUUACAACUUCCGGCAGCAGUUACAGUCCCACCAAAUAUAACAAUAUCGCAUGCAAUUGAAUUAAUGUUAGAAAGAGAAUAUUCACAAUUACCUGUUAUUGAUUCUCAUAAAAAGUUAAUUGGGUAUGUUUCUUUAACCUCCUUACAAACUCAAUUAGAUGCAGGAGAAGCAGCACCAAAAGAUGCUGUAUCUAAGUGGUUGUUUUCAUUUGGCGGAAGUAGAACCAAUAAUAGUAAAAGAGAACGUUAUCAAUUAAUCACACCUGAUACUCCUUUGUCUGAAUUAGCUAAAUUCUUUGAAAAACAUAGUUUUGCUGUUGUAACUGACUCCGAAAGAAAAUGGUGUUUAGGUGUUGCUACAAAGUAUGAUUUAAUUAAUUUCUUAAAUCAUAGAAAUUCUGGUUUCUCUUAA